AACAAAUUAUGAAAAAAAUUAAAAACUAAAGAAAUUGGAUUACUAAAUUGACAAAUUGGGAUUAUUUAAUAAGAAAUAAAUCGAAAAAUUCAUUUUUGAAUUCGUGUCUAUUUUUUUCGACACUAUUUUGAUAAAUUGUUUUGAAGAAAAACAGUAAAAAUGCAGUCACCAUCAGUAUUAAUAACCAUAAUUUUUAUUCUAAUCAAUAAUUUCCCACUUCGAAGGGGACAAAAAUCAACUGACGAUUUAAUAAAAAAAUUUUCCGACUGUGACGGAACGAAUAUGAUUUUUGAAAAUUCCGAUCCAUCAAUUGAGGAGAAUUUCCUGAAUGAUUCAAAAAUAACGUGUUUAAAUCUCGAGAAUCGUGGAAUUGUUCGCAUCUCACCGGAAGCAUUCGACAAAAUACCAAAUUUGGAGAAUUUAAAUCUCGCCAAUAAUCGUCUCAAGAAGGAGCAAUUUCUCUCACUUGGCAAACACAAUAAUCUCAAAUUACUAGUUCUCGAUAAAGCAAUUCGCGGUGGUUAUCAAAAUCAAACAGGUUUUAAAAAUUACCUAAAAAUUCUCGAACUAAAAGGCAAUUUUCCCAAAUUAGAAAAAUUAUUUCUCCGCAAUAAUAGUAUUGCAAUAAUUUCCCUUCGUGGGGGUAAUUCAGUGUUUCCCAAUUUAACCCAUUUGUUUAUUAACAAUAACGAAAUAACCAACGAAUCGCCUUAUUUUGAUCGUAAUUUUCAUUGGUUACCAAAAUCGUUACAGGAACUGCAUCUUGAAAAUAAUGAUCUCGAUUAUUUUGGUCUGGGAAAUUUUCCCAAACUGAAUUUCAUCAGCGUUGACAACAAUCGAAUUACUGACAUAACUUUAUGGGGAAUGGAAAAUUUGCUUUACUUUACAGCGAAAAAAAACGAAAUCAGUUGGAUCAGUGAUUUCAGUAAAUCGCCAAAUUUGGAAAUCUUAAAUCUCUCAGACAAUAAAAUUCGUUCUCUGAAUCAUAUUCACAGAAUGCCAUCACUUAGAGAAUUGCUACUCGACAAUAAUUUAUUGCAUUCAAUACCGAGAAUUGAGGAAAUUCCAAAAAUAAAAAUACUCUCUCUGAAAUGUAACGAAAUUCGAAUUUUGGCAAAAGAAGAUUUUGCAUCAAUGGGAACUUUGGAGGAAUUGUAUUUGGAUAAUAAUCGAAUUAGAAAUAUUGUUGGGGGAUUAUUUGAGAAUUUGGUGAAUUUGAAAAUUGUCAGUUUGGAGCAAAAUAAAUUGACGAAUAUUCAAUAUGGAUGGAUGGUGAACUUGAGAAAUUUGGAGCAAGUGAAUUUGAUGGGAAAUUUUCUACCGAAUUUACGUUCAUUGGGUUUGAGGAGAAAUGAUGGUGGAUUGAAGAAAGUGAGAAUUCAAUUGGAUCGAAAAUUUCAGGAGAGAAUGAUGAUUUUUAGGGAGAAAUUAAUGGCAAAUGUGACAAUUGAUUUGAAUAGUGAGAGUGUGGUGAAAUUAUGUAGGAAACAUGUGACAAAGGCAAUUCAUCCUUUUGAUUGGAUUGCCUCGCAGAAACAUUGGUGAUAAAAAUAAAUUUUGUUCAACGAUUUAGUGUGUAAAUUUCUUUUAGGAAUAUAAUUCUUUUCUGUAUAGAA